AUGCGUCUCUCUGCUGCGAUUCCAACUCUUUCUGUGUCUCUCUGCUGCGUCAAUUGCCCUACGGCGGCGGAUCGUCCAUGGAGCCAGCCAUUGAGCAAAACAUCUGGACUUUUGCAGCAGCACUCCCGCUUCUCUUCGCUGUUGUCUCUGCGGCUACGACUUGUCUACCGUAACUUCGUCGGUUUCCUGACGCCAUGGAAAUCUGGAGGCCAUAGCGAGGUAUCCACAUCUGUAAUGGUGAACACACUCGAUGACAUGGAGGAACAUCUAGCUGGUGCCUCUGCCUUCAGCUCCAUCGUGAGCUUUGUACUAACCUUGAGGAUCAAGCCAGUUUACGAGACCCUUUAUGCUGGUGGCUCAUUCAGGCUGCCUCGGACUUCUGAUGAUCAGUAA